CAUCGUAAAAGGUCUCAUUGAACUUGGCACUGAUAUAAAUCCGCAGAACGAGGAUGGUCAAACCCCACUUCAUAUAGCCGUCCUAGCCAAAUCAGAUUCGGCCAAACUUUUCGUUGAAAACGGUGCAAAUGUUAAUGCAAAAGACAAUUGGGGAAAUACUCCACUUGGGUGGGCUGUAUUUCUAGAUGACGAAAAUAUCACAGAAAUCAUUAUAAGGAAUGGUGUCGCUGAUGUAAACGCGUCUUUUAACAAUGAAACAACACCACUGUUAAUGGCAGUUAUGUUCGGCAAAGUGAAUAUUGUUAAAAUACUCGUCAAAAAUGGCGCUGAUUUGAAUGCCGAAUUCAUGGGAAUGACAGCACUUCAUCAUGCGGCUUACAAGAAAAGUGCGGAUUACGUUAAAGUGUUGGUUAGUAACGGUGCCCAGGUCAAUGCUCAAAUUUCAGAUGGGAGGAAUGCUCUUCAUUUAGCAGCCUUUUCCAAUCGGAGCGAAAAUGUCAAGGUUCUUCUCCUUCAUGGUGGCGAUGUAAAUGCCAAAGGUUUGGAAGGAAAUACAGCACUUCAUACAGCUGUCCAAAAUGGUAAUAUGGACGUUAUUAAAGUUCUCAUUGAAAACGAUGCCGAUGUGAGCAUCAAAAAUGAAAAUGGACAAACGCCGCGUGAACUUGCUUUGGAAAUAGCUGAAGAAUCCAAUGCAAAAGGAUAUGAAUACGCAUGUAUUGAUGCUUUUCUAAAAAUUGCUGAGGACAAGGCCAAAUUACUCAGGAAUAAUAAAUCAACGGAUUUUUUUUUUCAUCAUUGAUGCACAUUCAUAUGACAUGAAAGAUGCAGAUCACCUUCUAAAAAAAAGUCUUUGCUUAUUGAUGAAUGAUAUUGGAAAUAUUAGCCCCAAGCAAAAUUUAAUUCCAUUAUGUAAGAAAUUUUUUUUGUCCAAAGAGGAAAAUGAUCAAUUUUAAUUAAAACAUUUGUGUGUUCAUUAAAGGAAGAUUGUUUGUUCCAAAAUGCGAGACUUUUGUUCACAGUUCGAAAAAAGUGUCGUCGUUCAGGUCAACUUAGUCAUGAAAUCCUUGUUUAUUUCAUCAUUGGUGUUCAUGAGUUUUGCAACGAAAAAAUUGACUCAAUGAUUGCUAUGGACAAAAAUCAUUUCGUAUGAACUAAUAGCUACAACCACUAUACAACACCUAACACUAGGCAGCUAUACAUAAGUCUACAAACAAAGCACUAGGCACACACAUUUGUGAACAACGUUUUUAACAGCGAAAACUGUGCAUUGAGCUCUCAUUGAGCAUUUCAUCACACAUGGUGGGAGAUAGUUUACGAAAGAGAAUAAAGAGGAGAAGAAUUAAAAGAAUGCGCAAAAAACACGAACGAAGAGCGAUACCAAAAUACUUAUACAUGCAACCAAUGAUUUCAAGAUAUCAUGCAUAUGUGCGCGAGUACUGAUGACAUCAGGCUGAUAUGUAGAUUUCGCUGUUUACAUAUUGUUCACGAGUAUUUGUGGUUCGCGCUUUGUUAGUAGACUAUCAUUCGAGUGUAGUGGCUGCUGUAGUGGUCCCAAUGUUCUUAAUUCAAACGGAAUGAUUCAUUUCAUAGUACAUGCAUGUCAAUACAUACGAAAAAUAUCGUUCAAGCGCCUACUUAUCUACUAUCUUAUAUUCACAGUGUGAGUCAGACCUUUAUAGUGUUAUAAACGAGCUCAUACAGAAGACGCCGUUUCUGCGCUCUCAAUAACGAGAACCAGUAAUCAUUAUUUUAUGACUUCAUCGGACGUAAAUUGAUAACCGCAUCGAUUUUGACACCAAAAAUACGAAAUUCUCCUCGCAUCGGUUUGCUAAAAAGUUUUACACUAAAAAUCGGAACUUCUCGACUUACUUACUCAGUCGUUCAAAUAAAAGAAGUUCCGAACGGAAAAGGAACGUUUCAACUCGCGAAACAGUGCUUCAACUCAUAUUUCAACUGUGCUUCUGGAUAUAAUUUUUCUGACUCAUCCCGCAAAAUGGCACAAACAGUUCUGACAUUUUCUUCCUUUCUCGUUCAUAUGUUCCGGGAGAAUUAUGGAGGCCAUGAAAUACGCAUAAUAGACAUUGAUUUAUCAAAGGAGAACACAGAUUCGGGUGCCAUUGCUCCGAUGGUUGUGUACAAAAAAGAAAUCGAACUUUUUGACUUCGAAUUCAGUUUGGAUUUACUACGAAAUUUCGGAGGUGAAAUCAAGAAUUUGACAAUUGGAAAUCAUAAUAUCGACAACGAACAUUCGGCAAUCAUCAACCAGUUUAUCAGCAAAUAUUGUUCCGAUUCAUUGAUCAAAUUGGAUUUAGGUGAAAUCAAGGAAAAAACUUUUGAACAAUUCAACGUGCCGUUCAAGAAGCUGGAAGAUUUAUCUGUUACCGUCUAUAAAAUUGAUAAAAUUAGUAAUAAAUCUAGGCCAUUGAAUGAAUUGUUUCCAAACUUGCGUCGCAUUAAAAUGCAAUUUUCAUCAGAAGUCGAUGCCAGUAUAUUUGAGAUUGAUUUUACACAUCUUGAAUAUGUCGAAAUUAGAUCCGGCGCAUAUAUGUGGAGUUCGAUCGAAAAGUUCUUAAGGAAAAAUCCUCAAGUUAAAAGCAUCUACGUGCUAUUCACCGAAGAUAUUCAUUCGAAUUACCUCAAUGUCAUCAAUGAACUACUACCAAAUCUCGAUACUCUCGAAAUUCACAACGAUGUCAAAGCUGAUGUUCAUUUUCAAAAUGUCAAAACACUCCGUUUGGGUUUGGAUCUCAAUUCAAUCGAAAAACUCUCAUUUUCACAAUUGCAAGCACUUGAAGUAUGGUUUUCAUUGGAAUCGUUUGAUACGUUGAAGACGUUUUUCCGGAACAAUAGCGAAUUGAAAUGCUUAAAAAUGGAUUCUAAAUGGAAUGAUUUGAAAGAAGAAGCGUUUCUUGACCUUACUGCGGAAUUGUUUGAUCUUGUUGAAAUGACACUUGAUGCGAUCCCCACCGAUUGGAUCAUAGUUGAAACUAUCGUUAAAUUCAUGGACAAUCACACAAAAUUGACGAAAUUUCAAUUCCGCUUUUCUAUAUCAAACAGCGAAUUUAAGGUUCAACUCUACCAGAGAUUCGAAAGUGAAUGGGAUAUUCAAGAACACAACUCUGGCGCUUAUUCAGAUGGUUUUUCAUUGUCUAAGAAGAUUUAGCUCUUUACAACAUUGAAAUAAUUUUGAAAACAAAGAAAUUAAGCAAUAAAUGUCCAUGUAUUUUACCAAAUUAUCAUGUAUAAUAAAAAUGAAUAUUUUUUCCAGAA